AUGGCUCACACAUCGUUUCCUAGCGAUCUGCCAAUUCCUCAAGACGAUGGCGCAUGCGCACACCUAGCUGGUUUCAAAAUCCCGCCUGUCUUGUUGCCGUCAACAUCGGGCGACCAAGUGGACGUCUCAAGGCUGCCAGGACUAGCCAUCAUCUUCUGUUACCCACGCACCGGCGCACCAGGGGAGACAAUCCCAGAUGAGUGGAACACAAUCCCCGGCGCACGAGGGUGUACGCCCCAGGCUUGCAGCUUUCGCGAUGAGAUGGGCGAGUUGCGCAAACUUGGUGUAGACUCCAUUUUUGGCGUGUCCACCCAGGAUACCCCGUACCAAGACGAGGUCAAGCUCCGCGUGCAUCUCCCGUACGAGCUAUUAUCGGACGCAGAUCUCGAGUUCACGAAACAACUAAGACUGCCCACCUUCGAGUGGCAGGGAAAGACGCUCAUCAAAAGGCUUGCGCUCGCUGUUCAAGAUGGCCAGAUCGCAAGGGUCUGGUAUCCCGUUUUCCCUCCCGAUGCGAACGCAAAGGAGGUGGUCGCGUGGCUGGCAACGAGGAACUAG